AUGGCUGCCUCGGGUGGGGGACCUAGCAUGUCUCACCUCUUCUUCGCAGAUGAUAGUCUCAUUUUUGGGAGGGCCUCGUUGGAGGAAUGCGCUGAAAUACAGAGGGUGCUUCAGGUCUACGAACAAUCAUCCGAAAAAAAGUUAAAUUGGUCGAAAACCUCCUUAUUUUUCAGUCCUAACGUAGCUGAUGAGUUAAAGGAGUCAAUCAAGGCAAUGUUCAGUGCAAAUGAGAUUUGGCCUCAUGAAUCCUACCUCGAGCUGCCAUCCUUGGUAGGCCGGUCAAAAAGCAAUACUUUUAUCAAUUUAAAACAGAGGGUUGCAAACAAAGUGUCAGGUUGGAAGGAAAAACUCUUGACGACUGCUAGUAAGGAAAUACUGAUCAAAGCAAUUGCACAAGCAAUACCGUCUUACUCCAUGUCAUGUUUUCUCUUGCCAAAGAAAUUAUGUGAUGAACUCACUUCCUUGGUUCGGCAGUUCUAG